AUGAUUCAACUCAAGACGUUGCUAAACUGUAUCGACAACUCCGGUGCUGCGGUUGUCGAAUGCGUGAAUGUCCUGAAGAAGGAGCGAGCUGCCACUGUUGGCGAUAAAAUCGUGGUGGUGGUCCAGAAACAACGAAACUUCGGUCCCGACGCCGCGCAGAGCAGUGGUAUUGCGAACAAGGUCCGUCGAGGAGAUAUUCGGCAUGCCGUGAUCGUCCGAGCAGCCAAGGAGAUGCAACGAUCCGAUGGCUCCCUGGUCAAGUUUGACGACAACGCCUGUGUGUUGGUAAACAAAUCUGGUGACCCGAUUGGAACGCGAAUGAACGGAGUCGUGGCUACGGAACUACGAGGAAAGCAGUGGUCUAAGAUUUUGUCGUUGGCGCCGAUGCAUGUAUAA